CUCUCUUUCUCUUCACUUCUUUUCUCUAUACCCUCCUCUCUCUUCGCCCUCUUUCUAUCUUUCUAUAAUCUUCAUCAUGGCCAACCCUCCCCACGGCGGUGUCCUCAAGGACCUCAUCGCCCGCGAUGCCCCCCGCCACGACGAGUUGACCGCGGAGGCCGAGAGCCUGCCUGCUGUCAUCCUCUCUGAGCGUCAGCUGUGCGACCUGGAGCUUAUCAUGAACGGUGGCUUCAGUCCUCUUGAGGGUUUCAUGAACCAGAAGGAUUUCGACAGUGUCUGCGAAAACUGCCGUCUGGCCGAUGGCAACCUCUUCUCCAUGCCCAUCACCCUCGAUGCCUCCCAGCAGGUCAUCGACGAGGGAAAGCUGCAGGCCGGCUCUCGUGUCACCCUCCGUGAUUUCCGUGAUGAUCGCAACCUGGCUAUCUUGACCAUUGACGACAUCUACCGUGCCGACAAGGCCAAGGAAGCCAAGCUGGUCUUUGGCGGCGAUGAGGACCACCCCGCCAUCAAGUACCUCAACAACAACGUCCAGGAUUUCUACAUCGGUGGUAAGGUUGAGGCUAUCAACAAGCUGAACCACUACGACUAUGUCGCCCUCCGCUACACCCCCGCGGAGCUGCGCAUCCACUUCGACAAGCUCGGCUGGAACCGAGUUGUCGCUUUCCAGACCAGAAACCCCAUGCACCGUGCUCACCGUGAGCUGACCGUCCGCGCCGCUCGCGCCCGUCAGGCCAAUGUCCUGAUCCACCCCGUCGUCGGUCUCACCAAGCCCGGUGACAUCGACCACUUCACCCGUGUCCGUGCCUACGAGGCUCUCCUGCCCCGCUACCCCAACGGAAUGGCCGUCCUGGGUCUGCUGCCCCUCGCCAUGCGCAUGGGUGGUCCCCGCGAGGCCAUCUGGCACGCGAUCAUCCGCAAGAAUCAUGGUGCCACCCACUUCAUUGUCGGCCGUGAUCACGCUGGCCCCGGUAAGAACUCCAAGGGUGAGGAGUUCUACGGCCCCUACGACGCCCAGCACGCCGUCGAGAAGUACCGUGAGGAGCUCGGCAUCGAGGUCGUCGAGUUCCAGCAGGUCACCUACCUGCCCGACACCGACGAGUACAAGCCCAAGGACCAGGUCGCCCCCGGCAUCAAGACCCUGGACAUCUCCGGUACCGAGCUGCGCAACCGUCUGCGCACCGGCGCCCACAUCCCCGAGUGGUUCUCCUACCCCGAGGUCGUCAAGAUCCUGCGCGAGGCCAGCCCGCCCCGCGCCUCGCAGGGUUUCACCAUCUUCCUGACCGGUUACAUGAACUCGGGCAAGGACGCCAUCGCCCGUGCCCUGCAGGUGACCCUGAACCAGCAGGGCGGCCGCGCCGUCACCCUGCUGCUCGGUGACACCGUCCGCCACGAGCUGUCCUCCGAGCUGGGCUUCAGCCGCGAGGAUCGCCACAAGAACGUGCAGCGCAUCGCCUUCGUCGCCGGUGAGCUGACCCGCUCCGGCGCCGCCGUCAUCGCCGCCCCCAUCGCCCCCUACGAGCACUCCCGGAAGGCCGCCCGCGAGGCCGUCGCCGGCCUGGGCGGUUCCUUCUUCAUGGUCCACGUCAACACCCCGCUCGAGUACUGCGAGCGCACCGACAAGCGCGGCAUCUACUCCAAGGCCCGCGCCGGUGAGAUCAAGGGCUUCACCGGUGUCGACGACCCCUAUGAGGCUCCCACCAACGCCGACCUCGUCGUCGACGUCUCCAAGCAGAGCGUCCGCAGCAUCGUCCACGAGAUCAUCCUCAUGCUCGAGACCGAGGGCUACUUUGACCGCGCUUAAAUCGGUCAACUUCGUUCUUAGAUCUUGAUUUUUUCUUAUACUUCUGAUUUUUUUUAUUUUUAUUUUGUCUUAAGCCGGAAAUGGGAAUGGGAAUGGGUCCCUUAUUUUUAUUUUUCUGUACAGAUUUAGAGAUAGAAUCUCUAAGAUGAUCUCUUUUUUUCAUAAUAGAAUCGAAUCACUCUGAAAUUGAAUUGAU